AACAUCAAAUUGUUGUGGAAACUACUAUCAACACUAUGAUCAAUGAGGAAUAUCAAGUUGUUGCAAAAAAAGCUGUUAUUGCUGGAGAAGCUGUUGUCACAGAAGAUGCUGUUGUCACUGGAGAGCUAUUAUUGCUAACAAUAAAAAUUAAAUUACCAUGGAACUAA